AUCACGUUAGAGUUGCUCGUCCAAUCACACGCGUCGUCUCGCAAGAACCGCGCGAUACACGAACAGACAAAGAAGUCGUCUUGCUUUCGACCAAAGAACACCAGGUGCUAGGUUGGUUCAAAGUUGAGAGCCAGUGCUUUUUUGGUUCAAAUCUCGUGCCGCCCCAGAACGGGUUUGUGUUUCCAUUCAGAAGGAGCAAAAUUGGAGCUGCGUCAUUGCGCCACCACAAAACGUGUGUACGUCACUGCGUACGUAGCCGUUCAACAGCGUUCACGCUGUACGGAAACCCACACAACAACAAUGGAGGACUUCAUUGGAGUGGUGUUCAUGGCUUUGCUAGUGUGUCUCGCCAUCGCUGAACAGCAAAACCUUCUGUUAGGGGUUACCCAUCGGCGUCGCCGUUCCAAUGCCCAGCGAUCACGUUUGAGAAGAAAGAUGUUUUUAGAUGUCACCCCGCCCUCUGCCCGUGACGUGCUCGGCUCUCAACUCUGGCCACCUCUGGCCCAGCAACGAGUUGGUGCCCGAAACGGCCCCAGAGUUUGGAGCCCGGAGCCGCAGCUCCGGUGGUCGAAACACAAAAAACCGGCGCCAAGUCGGGCGCCGGCUCCAACUCCGAACGGGCUCCACCCCGGUCGAAAAGAGGGAGUUUCUACAAUGGCGGCCCGGUAUCACCAGUCCGACUCACCACAAACUCCUCGCAUAGAACAGCCUGAACAUGACCGACUGGUUCCAGUCAGACCCGCGACAGACACUGAGAAGAAACUAUUGAGCGUUAUCAGCCGGCUGUCUGGCCAGAGAGGACCGCUGGAGGAGAAGCUGGAGGAGAGGAUAGCCGCCAUGGAAGCAAAAUUAAACACUUUCUCCAGCGGCGAGGAAAUUCAGCGGAAAAGAGGAGAGCACAGUCCUAAAAUUGCGACUGGGCUCACCUCACAAUGAGACAGUCAGGACAUAUUUAGUUAAAACUUUGGCUGAAGUCCAGAUGUGGAGGAUGUGGAGACAGACGUCCUUCUACCUGAUUGUAAAAAGCAUUUUGAAACUCUACGGAGGAACUACCGCUACAGUCAACCCAACAUGGCGGAUCAGGCGGAGGCCAUGAAGUCUUCUGCCCCGAGUCACCACAGAAGAAAGAGGGAAGACAGUCCUUGCUCCCGAUGAAGAGGACUUCUGGAAGAGCAUCACAGCUGACAUGAUGUCAGAUGAGGAGGACGGCAGCGUUGACGGGGUGCGUGGAUGGAUAGUGUGGCCUCCAUCCUUCCACAGCCAGGAGCUUGCCAACCUGUGUGCAGCCCUACAGGCUGAUGUAAAGUACACAGCUCUACAUCACAGGUGUUUUCACAAUGGACAGCCGUCUGAUAGACUGAAGCCACUGAAGUACAACACGGCAGCAGCCAGAAAACAUUUUAAGCCAGAGCUGAUGCUUGAGACCAGCCUGGAGUGAGAGAUGAACUUGGUCAAAAUUUUUUGUAAAUUUUUUGUUUUUAAAGACAGUUUAUUUUAAUUUUGAUUUCGGAUUUCUGGAACUCAGGACUGUUCAAUAAAGCUCUUGUUUUUCAA